UAAUAAAUUUAGAUGGUUGUUUUGUUAUGGCAGCAAGUAAAGCAAUUUUAUCUGCCACAGCAAAAGUUGUCAAUAAACCUCGUCGUUUUGUUCCGAGUAGAGCAGCUUUGACUCUGAGCCCAACUGCUGUUACCAAAAUCAAAGAAAUACUAUCGCAGAAGACUGAUGUGAUUGGUUUAAAAGUUGGUGUACGACAGCGAGGUUGUAAUGGAUUGUCUUACACUUUAGAUUACAUCAAGGAAAAAGGCAAAUUUGAUGAGGAGGUUCAACAAGACGGUGUGAAGGUCUUUAUUGAUUCAAAAGCACAACUUACACUACUUGGAACAGAAAUGGAUUUUGUUGAAGAUACACUUUCAAGUGAAUUUGUUUUUAAUAAUCCCAAUAUUAAAGGAACUUGUGGUUGUGGAGAAAGCUUUUCAAUAUAAAAAAUAAAACAAGGCAAUGUUGUGACUAAUAAUAACACAAUCAUUGUGUAAAUGUCAGGAAAAUGACCAUAUACAUUGACUUACAAUAACCAUUUGUUGCACACAUUUUCUUGGUUGCUUUGUAUUCAGAGAAUUUGAUUCAAGAGAGUGAUAAAUUGACUCUAAAUAAAACCCUUGCCUUUUUUUACUUAAUUGGUUGAAUGUAAAAUAUAUAAAAACAACCUCAACAUAUUAUGCAAUGGGUAGAUUAAAAUUACAAAUUUUAUAAUUAGUUCUAUAAGAUAUUGCACUCCAGACUGUGUAAAAAAAUAUAAAUAUAUGCCAUUUGCAUCACCCAUAAUAACAAUAAAUCCAACAUCAUUGGAA